AUGUAUCUACAGACCUGUGCUGCCCUCUCCGUUGCAGAGCUGAGUAUCUUUAACCUCAUGCACGCUGCUCCCUUGACAUACAACGUCAUAUACCGCUUUAUCUUCUUAUUUUCAUUUCAGUAUCUUUCCAUCAACUUGUAUUAUAUCUGCAUCUACCCAUUCUUCGUUUCACCCUUACGUUACAUACCAGGGCCAAAAGAUCAUCAUCCUUUCAUCGGCCAAUCUCUUAAUCAAUUCCGGGCGAAUGGACCAUACGAGUUGUACCUGUCGUGGAGUCAAAAAUGGCCAAGUUCACCAUUCAUCCGUUACAUAUCCUUCGGAAAUACCGAGACGCUUCUGGUUAAUAGCUUGAGAGCACAUCAAGAAGUAUUAUCUACGAAAUGCUAUUCAUUUGUAAAGCCGCCUUUUUUCGCCAGAAUCGUGGGUGAAGUGACUGGUAUGGGCCUGGUAUUUGCGGAGGGUGAAGAACACAGAAAGCAACGAAAACUGUUGAAUGGUAUUUUUUCAAACCCAAACAUGAAGAAGCUUUUGCCAGUUGUACAGUCACAUGGAAAAUACCUCAUGAAGACUAUUGACCAAAGUAUCGGCUCCGAUGAAUCUGCCGUAGUGGAGGUCGUAUCACUGUUCUCCAAAGCCACUCUCGAUAUCAUUGGUCUCAUUACCUUGGGCAAAGAGCUGGAUAGCCUGAGCGUUAAACCAUCAUUCCACGAAUGCUACGAUCUUAUCUUUAACCAAUCACCAUUUUCGUCCUUUCUUACCGCUGUCAACACGUAUAUUCCGCUGCGAAAUUGGCUUCCGCUGGACGCAAAUAGAUCUUUUAUCAAGGCUAAUGAUGAAGUCAAACGCAUCCUUCGACAGCAGAUUCAACUACGCCAACAAGAUAUGAUCAACAGAAAGAGUGCAUCCCAGAAUUCAUCGCUACCAAUCAGUCGCGAUGUUCUUACCUACCUGCUUGAAGCGCCGCCUUCGGAUCAACAGCAAUGGACAGAAGACGAGCUACUGGGAUAUGUAUGUCUUAGGACGCUACCAACAUGCAGUGACCCUGAUUACACUCAGAUUGAAAGCCUUAGCUACCUCAACAACUUCUGUCGAGAAGUUUUACGUGUCUAUGCUCCUGCCGUCAUGAUUUGGCGCCAAGCGGUUGAGCCCGUCACAAUCGAAAAUGUAUAUAUUCCUGCAGGGACCAAUGUCAUUGUGUCGCCCCAAGUAUCGCAGUCUCACCCCCAUAUCUGGGGCUCUUCUGCAGAUACUUUUGAACCGGACCGUUGGAACUCGCUCUCAUCUGAAUCAGCCUCGCCUUAUGCUUUUCAGGCUUUCAGCAGCGGACCUAGAGUGUGCAUUGGCAAAAUGCUCUCCAUGCUUGAGUUCAAAGCCAUCUUAGUGGAUAUAAUCAAGAAAUAUGACUUCGAGGCGGUGGAAGAAAAGCUGGUGUUGGAAAAUUAUCUCACAUUACGACCAAGAGGCGGACUAAGGGUGCGAUUCAGAGUCAUUGAGGAGUGA